UCUUUUUUCUUCAAGUUCUUAUAGCUACCCCAACUUUUAAGCUUAUUCCUUUUUUGCUUCUUUUCAGGGUCUAUAAAUUGCAUCUUCCCAUCAACGCAUUUCAUACAUAAGAGAGUUACAACAUCAGAGAGUGGAAAGAGUUUACACUUGGUGUCAGAGAAGUAGAUAUAUAGUCAGAGAGAAAAUUUAGAAUGGAGACCUUCCCAGUUAUUGACUUGUCAAAGCUUAAUGGUGAAGAGAGGAAGCUAACCAUGGAGGUGAUCAAUGAUGCCUGUGAGAACUGGGGUUUCUUUGAGUUGGUGAACCAUGGGAUAUCUCAUGAUCUCUUGGAUGCUGUGGAGAGACUCACAAAAGAGCACUAUAGGAAAUGCAUGGAGCAAAGGUUUAAGGAGAUGGUGGCUAGCAAGGGUCUUGAGGCUGUUCAAUCUGAAAUCGAUGACCUUGACUGGGAAAGCACUUUCUUCUUGCGCCACCUUCCUGAAUCCAACUUGGCUGAAAUCCCUGAUCUCGGAGAAGAUUACAGAAAGACAAUGAAGGAGUUUGCACUGGAAUUGGAAGGACUCGCCGAGCAACUUUUAGACUUGCUGUGUGAGAAUCUUGGGUUGGAAAAGGGGUACCUGAGGAAAGUCUUUUGUGGCUCCAGGGGACCGACUUUUGGAACCAAGGUCAGCAACUACCCUCCAUGCCCUAAACCAGACCUGAUCAAAGGUCUGAGGGCCCACACUGAUGCUGGGGGCAUCAUUUUACUGUUCCAAGAUGACAAGGUCAGUGGCCUCCAGCUGCUCAAGGAUGGCCAAUGGAUCGAUGUUCCGCCCAUGAAACACUCCAUUGUUAUCAACUUAGGUGACCAACUUGAGGUAAUUACCAAUGGGAAAUACAAGAGUGUGUUGCACCGUGUGUUAGCUCAAACAGAUGGUACCAGGAUGUCCAUAGCAUCAUUCUACAACCCGGGAAGUGAUGCUGUCAUCUACCCAGCACCAGAACUGGUUGAGAAAGAAGAAAAGGAAAGCCAAAUCUACCCGAAAUUUGUGUUUGAGGACUAUAUGAAGCUCUAUGCAGGCCUCAAGUUCCAAGCCAAGGAGCCAAGGUUUGAAGCUAUGAAGGCUGUAGAAUCCACAAUCAACAUGGGUCCAAUUGCAACUGCUUAGAGAAAUGGAAAGUGGGUGCUGUGUUUGUGCUGAUGGGGAGUGUUGAGGUUCUAGUGUUGGGAUUAAUUAAGUCUUAAUUUAUCUAUAUUGCUCUAGCGUGGAACUUGAUAGUGUUUGAAUAAGCUGAAAGCCUGGACUAUAUAUGUAGUACGUAGUUCAUGUGAUCAUGUGUAAGGGGUGGGGUGGCUAAGGUUUCAACAGGAGUUUAUGUUGUAGAAAGAAGAACAUUUCCAAAAUCCUCCUUGAGACUUUGACAUGUAAUUUGUCCUUGAAUACCAUGUGCUAGUGUUCUGCUUUAAAA